CUCCUGCGGUGACGCUUGUUUUCCUGACGUCCGGUUACGUUGUUGUUGUUCUGGGAGGAGCGUGCGUGACACAUCAAAACUUGAUGAAAACAGACAGCUCAGCCGCUAACAGAUAGUUGUGCUCGGAUUUGUGGUUAAACUACUACGUCUGAAAGACGAGAGAAAGAUCUUAAUUAUCCUGGAUAGGAUAGACUUCUUAAUAAAACACAACAUACGGACAAGAAAACGGGAUUCGACUUCACCAUUUUCAGCGGAAGAGGGUUUUUUUUCCCCUGAGAUGGAGUUUCCAGAUUUAGGGGAGCACUGCUCCGAGAAGACCUGCAAACGUUUAGAUUUUCUUCCCAUGAGAUGUGACGCCUGUCAAGAGAUUUUCUGCAAGGACCACAUAACUUAUGCAAAUCACAAAUGCAUGUCAUCCUACAAAAAGGAUAUCCAGGUCCCAGUAUGUCCUCUGUGCAACAUCCCUAUUCCUGUCAAAAGAGGAGAGAUGCCCGACAUCAAAGUCGGCGAGCACAUUGAUCGGGAUUGCAAAUCGGACCCUGCACAGAGAAAGAGGAAGAUUUUCACAAAUAAAUGCUCUAAAGGAGGCUGUAAGCAGAAGGAAAUGAUACGAGUGACCUGUGAUCAGUGUCAUUUAAAUUACUGUCUUAAACACCGGCAUCCGCUAGACCAUGAUUGUAAGACUGAUGGGAAACCUCUGUCCAAGUCAGGACAUGCUGCUGUAAUGAGGGCCUCUGCUGCCUCUUCCACGUCCACCUCCACUUCUGGGUCUAGUUCAUCUGCUUCAGGAAACUCCAGACCUGUUUCUAAUGGUGUGAGUGCGAAUAACAGAGCCUACAACAGCAGCUCCUCCCAGCGGAUCCCCACUUCAGUUUCAGCCCAGAAUGUAAUACCACCAUCAGCAUCAUUUCAGGCCGGCAUGACGGAGGAGCAGGCUUUACAAAGGGCUUUGGAGAUGUCUUUGGCUGAUUCAAGGCAGGCAGUUCAGCCGACUCCUAGCCCUCAGGAGCAGGAGGAUCUGGCACUUGCUCAGGCUCUUGCUGCCAGUGAAGAAGAAUACAGACGCCAGCAACAGAGACAACAGGGGAGAGAGUCCAAACAGUCCAACUGCAGCCUUUCUUAAUCUCAGACCACCAUUUAGACUUCAAGCUGUGCUAAUUACCCACUAGAAAUUGCACAUCUGGGACAUCAAUAUCCAGGAUCAAUGAUUGUCAAAUGAAGAAAUACUCAUGGAAGCUGAAAUAUUACCGCCUUCUUCAAUACAAGCACACACUUUGCCAGCAGGAUCGAUCAUUUUUACUGAUGAUUUGCUCUGUACAUGUUUUAUAUGCUGAUCACAGUGAAACCAUUAUAUUAUCAUAUAUGAAUAUUGAAUAAAUUAUUUCAAAGAUGCA